AUGCAGACCGUCAGACAACAAAUUCCUGAUAAAACAGGACAAUCAUCGCGUCCACCGCAAAAUGUGAGAUUUGCGAACCUCGACACAACAGAUAUGGGAGAAAGUUGCGAGCUAUCUACAAUGAACGAAACUACGUCACCAACAUACCAGUCUACCAAUCCUACCAAUCCAUUCUUGAGUGGCCAGCUACAGGCUGAGGAUUCCUUUACCAGCUACCAAAAUACGUAUCCCCAGCAAGAUGGUGCUCCACGAACACAAAGCAUGCAAAGUGUUGAUUUUUACGCUUCCUCUGAAGAGGGAGGCUUUGAAGAAGGUGGUGGAAAACCAGGUGCUAAAAUUAACGAAUAUCAAGCCGCCUGGAACGUCACUAAUGCUAUCCAGGGUAUGUUUGUGGUGUCGCUUCCUUUUGCUGUACUUCAAGGAGGUUACUGGGCUAUAGCUGCGAUGAUUGGUAUUGCCCAUAUCUGCUGCUACACUGGGAAGAUCUUGGUAGAAUGUCUCUAUGAAGACGACCCCGUGUCAGGACAACGAGUCAGAGUUCGUGAUUCUUACGUCUCUAUCGCCAAAGAAUGUUUUGGUAGAAAAUACGGAGCUAGAAUUGUUAACAUGGCUCAAAUUAUCGAACUACUCAUGACUUGUAUUCUAUACGUUGUUGUCUGUGGCGAUCUUAUGAUAGGUACGUUUCCUGAUGGUUCCAUCGAUACUCGCUCCUGGAUGAUGUUGACUGGUAUCUUUCUUCUUCCACUUGGCUUCCUCAAAUCUCUAAAAAGUGUCAGUAUGUUAUCGUUUUGGUGUACUAUGAGUCAUUUGAUCAUAAACGCCAUUGUACUCGGCUAUUGCGUUCUGUAUAUUGGGGAUUGGGGUUGGUCGAAAGUGAAAUGGAGUUUGGAUUUCGAGAAUUUCCCUAUCAGUUUAGGUGUCAUUGUUUUCUCUUACACGUCUCAAAUAUUUCUGCCAACCUUGGAAGGCAACAUGGAGGAUCGAUCCAAAUUUGAAUGGAUGUUAAACUGGUCGCAUAUUGCAGCUGCUGCUUUUAAAUCUAUUUUUGGAUAUUUAUGCUUUUUGACUUUUCAAAACGAUACCCAACAAGUUAUAACAAACAAUCUUCACUCGGCUGGAUUCAAGGGACUGGUUAACUUUUUUCUUGUAACAAAAGCUGUACUUAGUUACCCCUUACCAUAUUAUGCUGCAUGUGAUUUGCUAGAGCGUGCUCUAUUUCGAGGAAAACCUAAAACUCUUUUUCCAACUAUUUAUGCUUUGGAUGGGUCCUCUCGGACUCGGCAAGCGGCACCUGCCGCUGGUGGAGUGCGCCGCAUGCGUUGGACAAGGGAUAUGAACGCAAACACAUUGCGGGCGUACUAUAGGGCGAAAGGGGAAGAAACUGCAGGGAUAUCGUAUCGGACUCGGAUGCAUUGCUUUUUUGCUGAGCUGGAGCCGCCUAUUCCGUCACGGAACAAAACCUGGCAGACCGAGUCCGGUACAUCAUGCGCUCGAAAAUAUUUGAUGAUACCGAGUUCGAACAACUACGACGUGAGGCCAUUCCCUCAUCGAAUGAAUUGGCGACCAGACCAGCUGCCACGCGUAGAAGCUGCCAUGGAUCUUCCAAUAGUGGUUGAUUCGGACGAUGAUGAAAUGGUCUCCCACGAACUAGAGCAAAUGAGGAGUAUAUUGGAAGAGGCGAUUUUGAAAACGCGCAGCAUGCCUCUCGAAAAUCGACCGCGACUUCCCCGCAUACCCCUAAGCAAGCGAAAUCGGGCUGUCGUGAGGGCUCUUAACCCAAUACUGGUAACCUAUUUGGAAGCCAGGCGGGAUCUUUGCGAGACGGACUCAGUUCUUUUUGGCGCCGCAGUGGCAACAUGCCGUAUUAUUGGCGCCAAACUUCCCAUGUCUGGACGCGCUACUAAACAAAGUAGCGCCAUCCCAGCCUGGAGAAAAAGAAUUGAGGACCGUAUCGCAAAGGCAAGGGCCCUUAUCGGCAGACUGACAAGCUUCAGGUCCGGUAAUAAUAGACCGAGGGUGGUGCGCUCCGUUAGAAUGGCGUUUGCUGGGACAAAUAUCAGUUAG